GGAACUGGAUGACAUGAAAAAGGAUCUGCAGGAUAUAUAAGACUAACUACCACAAUGUGCGGUAUCUUCUGUCUGUUGAGUCUGUCCCCCACUCAGUUUGAGUGGGACAAGACAGUUUAUGAACAUUUAAAGAGAAGAGGGCCCAACUUGAGUCAGAAUCUCACAGUUAGAAGCACAAAGCCCUGCUAUCAGUGUGUAUUCUCUGCCCACGUUCUUCACCUGAGAGGCCUUCUCACCCCGCAGCCAGUUGAAGACAGCAGAGGAAAUGCCCUGGUAUGGAACGGGGAGAUUUUUGGAGGUGUCCCAGUGAUGCCUGAGGAGAACGACACUGCUGUUGUCUCUCAGCGGCUCUCGUCCUGCAGCAGCUCUACAGAGAUUCUGUCCUUUCUCUCCACUGUACGCGGACCGUGGGGCUUUAUUUACUACCAGAAGGCUGGGGACUACCUCUGGUUCGGCCGAGACUUCCUUGGUAGGAGGAGUUUGCUGUGGAAGUUUGAUGCAGAGGUCAAAGCCUUGACCCUGACUUCUGUAGCAGCCCACUGUGCUGGACCUGCUGCAUCUGCGUGGCAGGAAGUCCCAGCAGCUGGUGUGUACCGGAUUGACCUGAAGGCAGUCUCAGAGGCAGGCUGUGUAACAUUUGAGGUUUAUCCCUGGGCUUACGGAGAAAACUGUCCUUUCUAUAGCUGUACUCAAGCUAUAUUAGAGUCUGUGCCGAGCGGCUGCACUGCUGUUAUUAACCGGUCAGGCCUUGCAUUGACCUCCCCUGUGUGCCCUCUCAAUACAUCCAUCCCUGAGUCUUUAAACCAGGAAGAAAUUCAUCCAAACGCUCAUCCCUGUGAUCAAGAUCUGGAGCAGCUGCCUGCAGGCAAAGAGAGAGGUGAGGCGGUGAACCGUCUCAUUGAUGUUCUCAGCGAGGCAGUUAGGCGUCGCGUUCAGGCUCUGCCAUCACAGGACAAUUCUGCUCCGUCUAAUGACAAUGCCAGAAUUGCCAUUCUGUUCUCUGGAGGUAUAGAUUCAAUGAUCCUGGCCGCCUUAGCUGACCGUCACAUUCCUGCUUAUCAACCAAUAGACCUUCUCAACGUAGCGUUCAAACUACAGGUGCCAAAGAAGCAGAAAGAGUCUGCAAAGAAACCUGUGAAGCACAAAGAUAAGCCCACAGAGUGUAAGACUGAUGGCACAGAGUCCCUGACCUCCAGCCCUUUCGAUGUUCCAGACAGAAUAACAGGGAGAGCCGGUCUCAAGGAGUUACAGCAGCUAAACCCUGAAAGGAGGUGGAAUUUUGUUGAAAUCAAUGUCACAAAAGAGGAGCUGCAGAAAACCCGUCAGGAGCGCAUUAGUCAUUUGGUGCAUCCCCUGGACACGGUGCUGGACGACAGCAUCGGCUGUGCUGUGUGGUUCGCUGCCCGAGGGGCAGGCUUCAUCACGGGGGACGGGGACCAGAGGCCUUUCACAUCCUCUGCAAAGGUCAUUCUGACCGGCAUCGGAGCAGACGAGCAGCUGGCAGGCUACUCCCGACACAGAGUCCGGUUUAAGACGUCUGGACACCAGGGACUGAUCCAGGAACUGGCCAUGGAGCUGGCCAGGAUCCCUUCCAGGAAUUUGGGCAGAGACGACAGAGUGAUAGGGGACCAUGGGAAGGAGGCCAGAUUUCCCUACUUGGAUGAAGAUGUGGUGAGCUACCUGAACUCUCUGCCUGUGUGGGAGAAGGCGGACCUCUCCCUCCCUCGAGGCGUCGGGGAGAAACUGCUGCUGAGACUGGCAGCCAGACAGCUGGGCCUCGGCCAAUCAGCUGUCCUGCCCAAGAGAGCCAUGCAGUUUGGAUCCCGCAUUGCAAAGAUGGAGGACCACCGGGAGAGGGCCUCCGACAAAUGCACAAGACUCCUCACUGAGUAGAAAAACUCAAGUAGUAAAGUGUAAUGAAGAGACUUUAAAAAUCAAUUUUUAAUAGAAAAUAUUAAUUGGAAAAUGACUGAUUAUCUGCUGGUCUUGGAUCAUUUUUGAACAUGGCAAAAAUAAAUAUGGUGCUUCAGUUCA